AUGCGUCCCCGGCGCCGGCUGAAGCUCCGCUCCCGUACAGGAUGCUCCCGAUGCAGAGCCAGACAUCAGAAAUGCGAUGAACACCGCCCGUCAUGCACCCGCUGCGUUGAAGCUGGCUGUGACUGUGUCUACAGCGAGGGAUUCGCCGGCUUGAAGCUACGAGCUGCUCAUUUGGCGUCAAAGAGACCUACCAUCUCGGCUGGCGUGCACGGGACGACAAAUGAUCUCCCGCCGUUUCUUGACCCAUCCCAUUACACGCUUCUCAUCUAUCUCGUUGAAGAAGCUACAUCCGCGAUUUCUUGCCAUGAGAGCAUUCGAUAUGACACAUCAAGCGCGCUACUGUGCGCUGGGUCAAACUAUCCUUGCUUCCUCUACUCGGGCUUGGUCUUUGCGGCAUUGCACAAAGUCUCUUUUCUGCGCUGUCCAGAAGCCAUUCAGAGAGUUACCAUGCAGAUACUGGAACUACGAGCAAAGGCGCUAUCAAUGUUACAGAUUGAAUUGCAAAGUCAGAACAAAUCAGACGAAGAAGUCGUCAUGGCCACAGCGCUGAUGUUGGCGACCUGCGAGCUGCGAUACAGCCCUCGACAUCAUACUUGGCGAAAUCAUUUUGAAGUCACAAGAAGAUUGAUUGAGCAGAGACAGUCAUCAAGGAAAUCUCAACAUGGUGACACGACUCUAUCGCGCUUCAUUGACAGGCGCUUCAACACGAUACAGUUUCUGGUUUCUUUGCCAGCAACAUGGGCCCCAAGAACUUCGCCCAUGACGUUUGGAGACUGUUGUGAACUCAUACCCUCGCUGCAAACCGUUGGGGAAAUUGACGGCACAAUGGCAUUUUGCAGAGAGCUCCUGGAUGUUUUUAGACUGGUUGGCAAAAUUGAAGACAUCAAGUAUUGGUCCAGAAACGCAGGAGAUCCUCCGGCGCUGAUGGUGCUCGAGUAUUGGAAGGACAUUGCUUGGCAACUAGUUUCCAUUGUCCUUCAAAUGAUGGAACGAGACAUUGCCCAGCCACCGUUACUAGCUGCGGACCUUGGUGGAACUCCGUCCGCGCAAGACGUUGAGGAAUACCGCGCGUUGAAUACAAUCGCACAACAUGUGGCGUUGAUAUGUUUAUACCACCACAACAUAGGCUUGGAGCAUUGCCACCCGAAUGUGACGAACUCUGUGAGCAGUAUUGUUCAAAUUGCGGCUGCCUUGACACAGCGUGUUGGGCUACAUCCCUCGAUAUGCCUAACAACUGCGCUGUUUACUGCAGGCUGUGUGGCGGGAGAAGAACAUCAAGGUGCAAUAGCAGAGUUACUAGACGUCCAGUAUCGGGUUACCAAGAGUCAGAAUACGCAAGUAGGGUUGAAGUUGCUGAAGAAACUAUGGGUUUCAGCGGGAGGCGAAACGAGCGCCGGGAUGGCCUGGGAUAACGAGGCUGAGGAAAUGCUGCAGGACUUUAUUCCGUACUAG